CCCCGAGCAGUACCAACACGCCGCUGCCUCUCCCACCCUCCUCUUCUUCGUCUUAUCCGCUCAGACCACUACGUCUCUCUCGUCUCACUCCCACAGACCUCGGCCGGUUGCCGUUCGUCAACAGGAGGCUCGGCGCCGCGGGUGCGUCGCGGCAAGGAGUGCAGAUCUGCAUCUGCUCAUCCCCACAAGGCCAGAUGUCUGAUGUUGGUAGCAGCCUUGGUAGCGCAGCCGGUGGUGGAGAAGAUGGCAGGGCAAUCUCUGAUGGGUCUGAAGUUCAGAUAGAGGACCAGCAACCAGUCCCCCCACCUAUGCCAACAUCUCGGAUCUCUGUGAAACAUGCAGUUGAAGUCAUUCAGACGUUUGAUGAGUACAAGAGGUGGUUGGUACAAGAAAUCGGGUUUGGUGGAAUGUUGAAGUUGCCCAUGCGGCAGAAGCUUAAUCUCAAAUUCAGUGCAUGGACAAUGAGCAAGGUUAGUGUAUCUCAGUGCGCAAUUAUAUUAAUCUCAAAGAAGCUGAAGUUCUGGCCGGAGGAUGUGCACAAAGUAUUUGGGAUACUUUGCGGUCACCGCUCUAUCCGGGGGCGUGAUGGUCACAUAACGCCUGAUGCAAUUCAAUUCUUCAAGAAGACUCUCGGGAUGGACAAAAAAGGUGUUCAUAGCCUGCGAGCCGCGGAGGAGUUCCUACUACGAGAUGUAUCAGAGACAUCUAGCAAGCUUGAGAAGGAUUGUUUUCAAAUUGCUUUCGUCAUUUUUGUCAUGGGACACGUGCUUGCGCCAACCACAAAGCAUGAUUAUGCCACCAUUGAUUUUUGGGGUGCCCUUGCAAACACCGAAACAAUAUCACAGUUCAAUUGGUGUGAGUACGUGCUUCAGUGCUUGCUAGAAGUUGUUAGACGUCUCAAGAAGGACAUGCUUUCAAACAAUCCAGGCACUAACCUUGUUGGUUGUCACCUUUUUCUUCAGGUGUUCUUCCUGCACAGUAUUGACUUAGGCAUUUUCAAUAAGAAGCAUAAUGUGCUCCCCGUAUAAGUGAAUUUGAUCAGGACUGCAUUAGGAACAUGAUCACAAUGUCCACUGACAUUGGGAAGAACCCCACAUCACAUUCAAACAACAAGCUACGUGCGGCAGAAGAUGUUUGCUAUGCCUGGCAGAAGUAUCCUCAGGACCAACCCAACACCCUUCUUGCAGGCACCAACAGCGGUGGCAACAACGCAUCCGCUGCAUGUGGCGCACAUCAGUUCUCCCGAAAUGACAAUGCAACAGUGACACCCACGCACAAUGUAUUAGAUGUACAUACACCAAUUCGCACGCUUGGGCCCAUUGAUUUCACACACUACCUCCGCACACGCUAUCCCAACUUGGCAUCGGAUGAGAUCACUGGACUGCUCAAUGAACAGAAUGCCCGGGUACAACGUCACAUAAAUACAGCUCGUGCAAACGCUCAAUUGGACAUGUUUAAAUUUGCAGAUAAACUUUUCAAUGCACUUUCCAAGAGGUGCAUAUGUUGUUCCAUUAGAGGCUUUUCUGAUUGUCCAGCAAGAGCUAUCCCAGAACCACAAGCUAUGACCGCCACGACACCUGCUCGCCCCAACAUACCCGGUGUCAGGCUGGACAUGUCUGCAUGUGAAGGUGAUAGCUCUACCUCCAAGAGAACUCGUUGCGGGGAUACACCUGAUCCCCUGCGCAAGCGCCACUGCUCUGAAGGGGAAUCUCCCGCGGAUAUCAACAUGUCGAUUGUUCGUUUUGCCCAGUUCACCUUGCGAGCAAUCAGUGAACUAUUCAUCGAUCUGCCCAAUGAUGGUAGUACUACAAUUUUCGGUGAGCGGCGGGAAGAGCUACCUGGCCGCAACUAUGUUCAGCACCCUGGGUUCCAAACUGAUCCUUGGGGCAGGGGUGUCGUCCCGCCACCCCCUGCAAUGAUAUAUCUGAACUUAUCCUUCAGUUUUUUGCAUCGUCAUCCGUGCAAGAAUUAUGGAGGAAUUUCCUGGUUCAUGAGAUGUCGAGGUUUGCACGCGUCACUGGAGUGGCAAUGAAAGAACAACUAGGGGGGAGACCCUAAUUGAUCACGAGUUGAUGUCUGUAAUCCUUCGUCGAUAUUCUCAGAUCGACCAGCAAUAUGAUCCAGAAUGCCCAUAUCUUACCUGGCGUCACCCUAUCGAGCCAGAUUUCCCGACGCUUGUCCUGGCAGAGUACGAUUUCCUCCACACCGUGUCGAUCCAGAACCAGCUUGUUGCUGAUUCGCUUAAGUAUGAUCUCACUUCAGUGGAGCUGUUUUACACACCUGUUCCACGGCCAGAGGGCUGGAUGGCUGUUUUCUUCAACAUGCUGACUAGGGUCAUCUGGGUGAUUGACCCACUGUACCACAACAAGUUAGCCUGCCCACCCACGGGGCAACGCGAUGAGAUUAUAGCAUGGAAGCUGCAUGAUGCAUUGUUCACUUGUCUGAAUGAAUUCUACACUGGAUGGCAAACUAGCAAGGAUAAUUGGACUCUCAAGUUCCCUUCCAUGACCGACUGCAUUUUCUCCCGUGCCGACACAGGCGGGUGUGUCCUCCAUGUGGCAAGGCACUUUGAUGCUCACAAGCUGAAAAUGCCACUCACCAAGGUCCCGAGCCUCCCAGACUAGGCUCAGCGCCCUGAUUGCUGGCUGCAUCAGCUGAAACACCCGUCCGACAAAGAUGUUAUGCUUCUAGGUUGUCAACGUCAGUUUUGAAUGCAUAAUUUUGUAACCUAUACCUUGAUGGAGAUGCUGCUCGCCCCCUGCCGAUGCAGACCCCACCACGCGAUUAGCUGCUACUGAUGAUCCACCAGAUGCAGUAACUGUAUUACAUGAUCAGCCGGUCAGGUCACGCAAAUCCAUGCUGCUAGUGUCAGUCAUAUGAUAUCUUACUUGUUAUUCCAGGGAACACAUAGUCCCCUGUUUCUUGACGAGUGAUGACCCCAACUCCAUAGCCUACGCCCCUGGCUGUAUCAUUGGGACGCAUAUGUACCUCACCUAUUUUUUUGGAACAAUCAAUCAUGUUAGACUUUAACUUUCAGGAUGUACACUACGCUACUCACUUAUAGGAUCCACAUUUUGAUUUACCGUGUAAUCCAUCUGGGGGAAUGCUCUGCUCUGCGGCUCCUCCUUGUUGGUCGUCUUGCGUCGCACCUGCAUCACUGUCAGAGCUAUCCGAUGAAGAUGACCCACUCCCGGAAGGUGUUUUCCAUUUCCUAUUGCGACACUUCUUGCUCCCACGGUGCACACAUCUUUUCUGUCGUUGCCUUGCUGGAGGCACAAACCGAAUUACUGGCUGUUCCGGAGUAGAGCUCACGCACAGCACACCUGGUGUUGCCAUCACAAAAUGUUUGCUUUUGUUACGAGCAGCACUUAACGAAACAACACAAUGGUUUUACAUCUAUGUGGGAUAGCAUUAUGCACCGUUGAUCUCAGCCUGGAACUUGAGACAAUCUGGCACCAUAUCAGCAUUGCUUGGCGUUGCUCUCAUCAGCUCAUCUGGAACAAGAUUUUAUCAUCACGCCGACAUGAUUGUUGUUAGUAGUUAUACGUAAAAAUCAUGUAACAACACACUGCUUUUCAAAAAUAUACCUAUUUCUGCCUCGAUAGUUUCCAUGGCGCAGUUGCCUGCUUGCGCAUCUGUAACCACAUUAUAAGCUCUAAUUAGUCAGCCAAAGACAAAGCAUUGGAAGGCUCUUUAUCACAACUUCAGAAAUCUAGCAAACUAUACCUCCACGAAUGACCAAGGUGGGGGGUCUGGUUAUUGCUCUUGUGUUUUUCUAUGUAUUUCCUAAUGCAUGCCUACUUCCCCCUAGAUGAUUUUUCCGGUUCUGCUACAAUUUUUCUUCAGUAAAUCGACCAUCCUCGUAUUAUUUUUAUUUAUUAUUCACCUUCUAUGUGGUGCAUUUCAUACUUUUGGGGGUGUUAGUUGAAUGCCUCUCACCUAAACAACCAAUAUUUGUUAGCUCUGCUAUGAACACUCGUGGGCAAAAAUAUGAUAGUGACUUUUCCUAAUUUUACUUGUCGUCCCACUGCAACAGUGAUAUUAAGAACGCACACACCAUUCAUAUCAUUUCUAGCUUGCAAAAGAGCGACAUAAUUUUUUACUACACACGAUUCUUAACCACGCCAGUAAUGGCAUCAUUACCGACGCUGCCAUCAACAUGCUCCCCCUAACCAUGUUUAGCACGCUUGGCAGAUGAGCUGCUGCUGUCUUCCUCUGCAUCUUCAUCCGACUCGCCGUGGGCGCCAGCCGAAGAGUGCUCGCCGUCUUCAACCUCUGCAAGCUCAUCCAUCCCCAGAGGCUGGUCUUCUGGGUCAUGUUCUCCAUAGCCUUCUUCCACAUCCUGCAUCGCUUGCAUCUCAACUUCCUCCUGCAUCACGAUGUGUCCGCCCUCCCAGACAUCACUUGCAGGCGGCGUCUCCUGCAGGGUAAUCACCAAAUAAAGCAAAUUCAGAGAUAACUACAGAUAUGGACGGCUAAUUGGAUGCAACCCCCUCCUCCCCCAGCACUUCGUCAUACCUGCUCAACGACUGCUGGCACUCCAGAUGAUGAACUCACUGCUACUCCUGCUCCUACGGGCUGGUUUACUGAACUUUCAGAUGCAUCAGACACCUGACAGUAGGUUACACACUUAGAAUGAUCUCCCUCACGUUAAGUUGAGAGUCGGUUAAGAAGAGACUAACCUCUUGGAUUACACCAGCGCCCUUGUGAGUAGGAUCAGAUUUCAUAAGGCCAGACACCGAGAACGAUUGCAGGUUAGGAGCCAUGGCAAGAGCUGCCCUCUAAUGGAAGGACUUGGUAUACUAAAACUGAGGAAUGGCUUACGCACUACCCUCUGCCUCACUACUUAUCUGUCUGUAGCUCCUCUCUUUCCCGCACUUGGGGUUUGAAAUUCAAAAUGGGUCAGUAGAGCAAUGGGCGCCACACCACCGAGAGGCAUACACCUGUAAAAAAUGCACAGUGAAACGUGUCCACAACAGGUGGCAAGCUUACCAAAAUCUGAUGAAUUUCUUUU